AUGAAUUAUGAAAUGAAUGCAAAAGAAAAAUUAUCGAAGAAUGAAAAGAUAAAAAAAAAAAGGGAUGGGUAUAAUACAAAUAGCAAUAAUCAAACAAAAAAUGGAUGUUAUGAAGAAAAGGGGAAUUUAUAUUUUCCUGAAUAUUAUGAACAAAGAAAUAAUGGUUAUAAUAACUCAACAUACGAUUUGAUAAAUGUACUAAAUAAAAAUGGAAUGCAUGAUGAUGGACAGAACAAUAGUGAUAGAAGAAGCACAACGUUAAAUGAUGAAUGUGAUUAUGAUGGGGACUUAAGAGGCUCACAUGAUACUGUACAUAGCAGUAGUAUAUAUGGGAACAAAACACAAGUUGAGAAUUAUGACAGUUCAAGUAAAUAUAAUGAAAUUAACUUCAGUAAUAACGUGAAUCAGUCUCUGAUAAGGUUAUUUAACAUUAAUGCUGGUGCUAAAUUGGAACAGAGUAAAUACAAAGGCAACAGUAGUAGUAGUAGUAGUAGUUACAGCAAUAACGGUAAUAACGGCAAUAAUAACAAAAGCAAUAGUAGCGUCCAUAACAGUAGCAGUAACAACAGCAAUAGUAGUAGCAGUAACAACAGCAAUAGCAGCAGCAGUAACAACAGCAAUAGCAGCAGCAGUAACAAUAUGAAUGGUAAAACGUUUCAUAGUAAAAUGGUUCCAAGUAAUACCCAUUCAAGCGUGAGUGAAAUAAAUAUAAUAGAUGAGGAAAAGUGUGAAAUAAAAAUGGAUACAAAGUUUAUUGGUAGAUAUAUACAAAAUGAGCAAGGCAAAGAAAAUAAUUGUGAAGUAUCACAUUAUGGUUCAGACAAAUCUAAUUUUACAGACAAGGUGGAUAGCAUGUAUCAAGAACAUUCAGCUGCUUAUCAACACAAACAAAAUAAUAGAGUUAAUGAUUACAUGGACAGAAAAAAUGCACCUGAAAAUAAUGAUGCAUUUAAUAAAAUAUUAACAAGUAGAAAGAAAAAAAUAUAUUCAAAAGACAAACAAAAUAGUGAAUCAAAUGUUGUUAAAUAUAACAAUAAGGAUUAUAUUGAUAAAAUGUUGCACAAUAUAAAUAAGAUUAAUACGAAUAAUAAUAAUUUUGUCAAUGUAGCCAAUACAGAUAUUCAUAUGAUUUCAGAAGAGGAUAAUAUUUUUAAAAAUGAUAUAGCAAAAAAGGUUUUAAAUAAUAAGAAUUAUUUACAAACAUUAAAUAAAAAUGUAGAAAAUAAUGAUAAAUCAUCAGCAGAGCAGUAUAACAAAUGCAUUAACGUGAACCACUUAAAAAAUGGGAUCAAUGAUGUGUUUUCAGAACUUAAGUGCGUCAAUAAUGACAGUACUGUAAGUAGAGGGAGAAGCAACGCAAGAAGUAGUACUAGUACCAGUGGCAGUAGUAACAAUACAAGUAACAGAGUUGAUCAGAAAGAAGAAUUUUGUGGUCAAAAUAAUGGCAUGUCUGCGCGUGAUAAUUGCGGUAACAGGGGAAACAGUAGUAAUUUGAAUAUACAGAAUAAGAAGCUGAUCAAUGAUAGAGACAGUAAGAAGAUUCCAGGAUUGCGCACCAGUAGUGAUCAUGUUAUGAAAGAUCAGGAAAGGUAUACGGACAAAGCGUACAAUCUUAUGGAUACCGAUUCAUGUAAUUUUGCUUUAAAUAAUAAUAAUGUUAGUUUAAAUGACAGGUGCAAGAAAAUUAUGAUCAAGUCAUCAUGUUCAUUGUCAUCGUCUUCAUCAAGUAAUAUUCGGGAAAAUAUGUUAAAAACGUCCGAACAUAUAAAAAUGAAAUCUUCAUUAAGCGGUUAUGACUAUUGUAACUAUACAGUUAAUAACUGUUCAAAUAGAAAGAAUGCGGUCGUAAACUCACACAAGGUGUUGAGUGGAGAACAUAGCGAAAAUACAUGUGAAGUAAGAAGUAGUAAUAAUAAGAUGUGCAUUUUGAAUAAUAAAAAGGCAUUCAAGAGUAAGAAGGACAAAAAGAUGAAUAACAGUAGCAAUAGUAAUACCAGUAGCAACACCUGUAGCAAUAUUAGUAGGAAUUGCAGCAGCAAAAAUAAUGAAGAUGUUUAUGUAACUGAAGAUAAUGGGUAUUAUGACAAACAGAAAUUAUGCAAAGUUAAAUAUAAUACAGCAAACAGCGUAGGCCAUACUAAAUGCGCGAAUGAAGCGAUCGACGAUCCGUCAAGUUGUAAUAGUUCUUUGAUGAAGAGAACAAAUAGGGAUCAAAAUAAUUCAAUGAGCAGUAAAUACUCAACUAGUGAUGUAUAUGAAAAUAAGUAUGGUAUAAAUGAUAGUAAAAAUGUUAAGAAAAGUUUGGAUAUAAUAUGCGGUUCUAAACUAGUGAACAUAAACUGUCAGAACAACUAUUAUUUAAUGUAUAACAAGGAGAGCAAUGAUAAUUAUAACAAAAAGAAUACUAAUGAACUUGAAAAUGCAAACCCGAAUGAAACAUUGUUAUUUAAUGGGAUAGAAAAACAGCAGAAGGAUACAUCACUGAAUAGUCAUGAUUCACUGUUAUUGAAAAAUGUAUCAUAUAACGAUAUGUACUCAUCAAGUCUGAAAGAUAUACGUGAUGAACAUUUUGACUAUUUAAAACGAAAUGAAGAAUCCUAUAAAAAUUUGAAUUUCAUUGUUGAUGCUCAUGAGGAGGUAGAUAUAGAUGACUCUGUAAUUUACCACAAAAAAAUAAAUGAAUCUGUUAAUUCGCAAUCUGAGGAAUCGUUUACCUAUAACGUUAGAACGUGUAAAGAGGGAGAAAGGGGGGGGGCAGAUGAAGAAUACAUCGAGGAUGAGGUGGAGCAGACUGAGGAUGAACUGAUAAACAUUAACAAGGAUAGUAAGCACGAAAUAGAUGAAGAGUUGACUGAAGAGGUUAUCGAAGAGGAAGAAAAUUGCUGUAGUGAAUGGAAUGAAAAUUAUAAUAACGAAAUGAAGGUUGUAAAGAAAAAAGUAAAAAAAGUUAAAGAAAAAAAAUUCGUAAAAAAGAAUAUUGCGCAUAAGAUAAACGGAAAUGAUGUGCAGGAAGAUGAUUUUUCGAAAAAUAAGAAUGACUUAUAUUCUCUUCAUUAUGAAGAUAUAUAUAAAGGCCUUUUAAAUAUGAAAAAUGGAGGUAAUAGAGAUGAGUUAAUAAAAAAAAAUUUGUUGAGUGCGCUGGUAAGCUGUAUGAGCUUGAAUAAAAGCGAAAAUGUGCAAAAAUUUUAUAACGAACAGAAGGUACAAAAGCAAAAUAUAACGCAUCAUCCAUGUGUUAAGAGGGGAGCGUUAAAUACGGUAACAAAUGAUGUACUAUGUGAUAUUGGAGAUGAAGUGAAUAGGGACCAAGUGCACAGCCAAGUGCAUAAUGCAAUGCGAAGUGAGGAAUGCGAUCAUGGGUUGAAGAAUUUUGCUCAUUUUGAUAAUUUGAAGAAGAAAAGAAAAUACCAUUUUAAGGAUUUAUUGAAUUUACUUAAUAAUGAUGAAACAACAAAAGAGUUAAGAAAAGAUAAAUUAAAGGAAUUAUUAGAAAACAAUGCAAAUUUACAGGACAUUAUAAUUAAAUUACAUGAACAUAAUUUGUUAAACCAUGCAAGAUAUGAUGCGUAUGAUAAUAAUUCUAAUUAUGAUGUAAAUAUGAAAGAAGAGGAUGUAAAAAACAAUAGUGUAAAGGAGUGUAAGAAUAAAAAAGCGAAAAAGUAUACGAACAUGCCAGGUAAUAAAAAGGAGCUUAAUGAAGUUUUGCACUAUGACGAAGAAUAUGAUAAUGAAAAACGUCAUUCGAAUGAUAAUCAUGAUAAUUUAAUUAAUGUAAUCAAUUAUAAUGAUAACAGUAAUGAUGUAAAAUAUGUGGAUGAAUUAAACAGUGCUGCUAACAGAAUGAAUAAAGAAGAAUUCCAUAUAAAUAAUGAUCAUUACAAGAAAAUAAAGCUUUCCGUUAAUUAUAAUGAAUGGAAUAGUAAUAAUGAGCAGAGAAAAAUAGUAAUGAAUAGAAAUGAAGCGGGAAAAGCAGUUGACGGAAAUAGAAGAAGGGCUAAUGAAAAUAUACAAGGUAGAGCCUCUGUGUAUAAUAGUAGCAGUGGAAAUAGCUAUGAUAUCUGCAGUAUGUCCAAUUCUCAUUCACAUGAAGUUAUGAACGAAAAGACACAGAAUGAUGAAAAUGAUUUUAACAAAUAUUCCGCUAUUGUGGAUGAAUUACGUUAUCGUAAAAGUAGGACGGAUAGUGAUAGCAUUGAUUUUGUGGGGAAUGAUGAUGAGAUUAAAUCAAUGCAUGUACGAAAUUAUUAUGACAAUCAUGAAAUGUUAAGUAAUAUUAAGAAGUACGAUUCGGAUGAUAUGUGUAAUAAAAAAUAUAGAGAUAUAUCGAAUAAUGAAAAGCAGCAUAAAAUGUAUAUGUCUGAUAUUAUGAAAGGGAGUAAUGUAAAUAGCAGUAAUGAUAACUACUUCAAAUUGCAUUCGAAUCUACCAAGUAAUUUGCUAAGCACAAGCACAAGCAGUAGUUAUAGCAAUGAUAAUCUAAAAAUUAGUUCAAAUAAUUGCAGCGUGAAUGAUUGGUCAUCAAAUACGUAUACCAAUAAAUACCCCAUGGAGGAAAAUCUACCUAGUAACUUAAACGUUAACUCGCAAACGAAUUCACACAUAAAUAAAAAUGGCAAUAACUCUUACGAUAAAAAGAGGAGAAGAUGUGAUAAGAGUAACGUAGCGGAUUUAUAUAAUACGUCUACUCCUCACGAAGCCAAUAUAAAUGGUUCGAAUAUUAAAGUUAUUGACAAUGAUUUAAGUAAUGAGCAUUACAUCAACCAGAGGAAUAAGCAGCAUUUUAUUAAUUUAUUAAAUAAAAUGGAGGUAGAUAAUAAAGCUACUCCAAAGGCAGCGUUGAAUAAUGAGUACAUAAUUAAUGAAUCAAUGAGAAAUGGUAGUAUGGAUAUAUAUCAAAAGAAACAAAAAGUAGAAGAGAAAGAAAAUCAUGAAAAGGAAGAGGAUACGCUAAUAGAAACACAAGAUGAAUUACAACAGCAGUUAGCACAUCAAUUUAACGUUAGUAUGAAUAGUAGUCUCAAUUUAACAUAUCAUAUGACUAGUGAUAAUUUUGAUGAGAAUAAUAAAGAUUUAUUAUGGGAAAAUAUCUUAAGACAAGUAUCAAAGGGGUAUGAAGAUAAGAUGAAAGAAAACUCAAAUAAUUAUGGGAAUAGAAAUGUUCAAUUUGAAAAGAAGAUGUUAUUUAAAAGUAAAAGUUAUAAUGAUAAUAACACAUUUUUAAGUUUAUUUUUGAAAAGGAAUAUUUCAUCAUUUUCUGAUUAUAAAGGACCCGAUGUAUCACAUUUACACAAGAACACAUUGCAUAAUAAAAAUUGUGGGAAUGAAGGUAAAGAAUUUUUGCUAAAUAGGACCAACAGUUUAAAUAUAAAUUUAAACCGAGUGAAGGGAGAGCAACUAGAUUACCACAAUGAGGUGAACAUAAGUAGUGACGUUAAAGGCGGCAAGGGUAGAAGCAGUAACGAUUAUGGUAGUAAUAGUAACUAUAACAACAUUAGUAGUAAUAGUAAUAGUAAUGUUAAUAUGAAUAGUAAUAACAACUACAGCUACAGCAAUUACCAAGGCGUGAGCAGAUUCCAGGGAAGAGAGCAGAUUGUCAAUUCUCUUUGCACGGAAUCGCUUAAAUUGUCGGAGGAUGCAUGCGAUACUCAUAAGGAAGCUCCGAAUAAUAACUUGAGUUACAAUGAAAGCGUCGUAAAACACGAGGAUGGAAAAAGAGAUAAUGAAAAGGAGGAAACGGCAAAUGAAUCGAUGAACAAUUUGACAAGCGACUUGACCAACGGAAUGGAAAACGAACUGACGAACGAGCUGACCAACGAAGUUUCUAAUGAUAUGUCAAAUGGAACAUCAAACCCUGUAGGAUCAGUGAUAAAAAACGAAAUAGAUAUUACUAUAUGUACAUUAGCAAACUGUCCAACGCAUAACCCACAGAGUUAUAUUAAAAAUGUAUCCAAAAAAGGAGAUGGUCAAGAUGGGGGAAUGGUAAAAGAAGAAAAUGAUGAAUUGAAAAGAAUACCAGGUGUAUAUUAUGAUAAGAAUUCACAAAGAUGGUUUGGUGAGCAUAAAAUAAAUGGUAUCAAAUGUGCUCAAAGUUUUGCUGUUAAAAAACAUGGAUGUGAAGAAGCCAAAAGAUUAGCAAUUGAAUGGAAAAAGGCUAGAAUAAGAGGAGAAGUAUGGGAUCGAUUUAUUAAUAAAAAAAAGAAAAGUAAUAGUAACAAUAAUUGUGUCAGUAAAGCAUCUAAAUCAAGUAGACCAUCAGUUGAAGAAUUACGAUUAAAAUAUUUAUCUAUGAGUAAAAAUAUGCCUAAAGUUCGAGGCGUAUGGUUUAAUUCUACACCUCAGAGAAUGGGAUGGGUAGGACAAGCUUAUAAAAAAUGUAAAAGAAUUGAAAGAAUUUUUUCUGUUAAUAAAUAUGGUUUUGAAGGUGCAAGGAAAUUAGCUAUUGCAUUUCGAAAUUCACAAAAACCGUCUAAUGAAGAUAGUGAUGAGGAUAGUUGGUCAAAGGAUGAUAAAGUUAAUAUAAAGAAUUCUGAAGAAAAUAUAAGUAAUUAUGAAUAUAAAAAUACCUAUAUGAAUUCUAUCAAUGGUACUAAGAAUGAGAACAAUAAUACUAUAGAUAAUGAUACUAGUAAUGAUAUUGAAGGUGCUGAUGCAAGAAUAAAUUUAUGUAGAGAUGCACUACUAUUUAUUUUACAUGAUUUAGAAACUAUAUUAGAACUAAAUAUACCAAUGUUAAAUAAUAAUAUUAACAUGUAUAAAAUAUGUAUAAAACAUCAUUUAAAUUAUUUAACGUUAAUAAAGAGUGAAGAACAAAUUAUUCCUUAUUUAAACGUUUUUGGUGAUUAUAUACAACGAUGUAUUUUACCUACCGAUCUCCCAUAUGCUGAACUUUAUGUCUUAAUUGAUUCUUUGAUUCAUAAUGAUAUACUUCCUUCUUUUGAUCAUAAGGAAAAUUUCGCUGAGUACGCUGUAGUUGAGGACCCCGGAAUAAUAACUCCCUCUAUGUUAUUAUGA